AUGGACAAUAGGAGGGAAGAACCUAAUUGGGAAGAACAAAAUGGAGACAAUGGAGAAGAGAAACUAGAAAGAUCAGAGCGUAGGAGGGUUGAAGAUGAAGUGGACCCUGAGGAGAGGAGGCUGGUUAGACUUUUGAAGGCAGUACAAAACAAUGCAGGGAAAGGACAUGUGGAUGUACCUAUGUAUCAGGGAAAGAUGGAUAGUGAGGAAGUGUUGGGUUGGCUUGAUGCCUUGGAGAACUACUUUGAGUAUGAAGAGAUGGAGGAUGAUAAGAGGAUAAGGGUUGAUGAUGCCCCUGUUGCAGAUAAUUCGCCAGUUGAAGAAGAGAAUGUUGCAGUUAAUCCGCCUAUUGAAGAUGAGGGUUUGAUUGUUGCUGAAGGAGCCACAGGAAAAGUGUUAGAAAGGGGUGAAAUAAAGGAAGAAUUUAUUACCCAGUCGCAGGUAACUCAGAUUCCUUCUACAGCCAAGAGGCGUAAGACAAGAAUAAAAACUCUUGUAGCCAUUCCAAAAAUGUAUGUAAGAAGAACACGAAGGAGGACACAGAAGACUCAACCUGUGGGUAAUCUAGUAGAGGUUAUUGCAGUAGAAACUUUGGAAGAAGUAAAUGUUAUGGAGGAUGAGAUUCAAGAAAAGGUUGUUGAGGAUAAACUAGAAAAUCUUGUGUCUGUGGCACUGCAAUUUGAAGAAAAUGUUGAAGAUAUUCUAGAGCAACCUGAGGAAAAUAUGGGAGAUAUGCCAGCUCAGAAUGAGGAAAAAACGGAAGAUAAAACCAAAGAAGAAGAAAAAGAAAAGGAAACUCGGGAUGCUCCAGUAUUAACAUCUAAAACCCCAAGGUAUGUACAGAAGAAUCAUUCAAUAGACCAGAUUAUUAGAGAUAAAAACAAAGGAAUUAUCACAAAAAGAAAAGUAUCUCAAGAACAAGUUCUAUUAUGUUUACUAUCUGAGAUUGAACCGAAAUUAGUAGAAGAAGCUUGUAAUGAUCAGAAUUCGAUAAAGGUAAUGAGAGAAGAGUUGGAUUAG